AUGUCCACUUCUACACCACCAUUACCAUCAGUGCAAGGUCAAGAGCAAUCGCCUCCAUCAUCGGAGCUCCAACAGAUGGAUAAUAUUCUGUUGGAUUACCCCAUGGUGUCCAUCUCAUACUGUGUCAGAUGCAAAUGGAUGCUCAGAGCUACGUGGUACCAGCAGGAGAUUCUCCAAACUUUUGGAUCCAAGCAGGAUCCUGUUAUCACAUCUAGUUGUAACGAAGUCCCUAAGUUAACUGUCAAUUCGGUAAUAUUGAAGCCGUCGUUGGUGGCAGGAACCUUCACUAUCGGUGUGAAGGUCAAGAAGUAUGACAACUGGACUGUGAUUUGGGACCGCAAAAUGGAUGGAGGUUUUCCCGACUCGAAAGUUGUGAAACAGAAAAUAAGAGAUCUUGUUAGGCCUGGUCUCAAGAUGAAUCAUCUAGACAAUGUGAGUGCAACUAACAACGGUACCUUACUUUCUUCGUCUACCAUGAGUGGUUCCGGUUCCGGUUCGCCUACACCAGCUAUCUCUAUACCACGACCUAGAACGUUUACCGAGGAAUGUUUGGAUUGUACAAGGACAUGGGAGGGUUAA